AUGCAAGACACCAUCCUUGCUGGACCCUCCGUCCCCCGCAGGAGAGACGAGCCCGUCGAGCCCAGGCAGAGCGGCCUUCUUGUCAAUCGUAAUCGAGACGAGAGAAAGCCCAAGAUCGCUCCAGCGUCCCCUUCCCCCGCGAGGCCUCGGACCAGGCCUUCAUCUUCACGGACUCUCCGCAGCGACGAGUAUUCCCGGGGAUCCACCGGCCCACUAGCGCCUCGUGUGCUAUUUGAUCCGUCAAAACCCAUUCCACCUACGAUGCCCGCUGAGCGGGUCAGGACGUCCGAAAGGGAAAGGUCCCUUCACCAUGCUUCAUCGUCCCUGCCAAGGGAACGUACACGUUCCGGGCUGGAAGAGAGCAGCGACAAGGACAGAGACAGGGAGAGAUCCCGCCGCCGGACAGAUUCUCGCAGAGCAGAGUCGUCUAGCAAGACACUCUUUGACCCGGCAUUACACAAUCCUCAAACUUUUACUGCCCGCCCCGCCCAUUCGAAUCUGCUAGAACCAGAAAUCCCAAAGCCCGUCUCUAGGCGCCUGCAGCCGGGCUCAAGUCAAAGAGCAUCAGAAAUGGAUGCAGAUAGGGAGAGGGAGAGACGGCGGCGGAAAGAAGGGAGCGAGAGAGGAAGCGCCAUGUCGGGCAAGAAGAAGGAGAGCGACUCAAAGAGUAAGGGGUCACGAAGCAGCGAAGGGAGUGAGAGUUUCAAGGAUAGAGAAAGAGGAAAGGGUAGAGGUGAUACUGGUGUCAAGACCAUGCUCAAAAAGAUUCAUGAUGAUAUCAAGGACCUCGAGCAAGAACUCAACGAUCUUCAUCGAAGGCUGUCUCAAGACCCGGAGGCUGCCAUUUCUAGCCUAUCGGACAAGAAGAUGGAUGCUUUCUCAAGAGCUCCUCAGUCCACAGAGGAUGAUAUUGCCGUAUGGGUUCAGCUCAUAGCCAAGCACAAGCAAUUAGCAGAGCUACAUGAUUACUUUCUCACCACCCUCUACGACCCCCUCGUGCCCUCAUCAUACCACCAACUUUCCGUCAGAUACAACAUCCCGUCUCGUCUAUGGCAAACCGCAUUCUACUAUCUCCUCGAGCAACUCCGUCACGCCUGGCUCUCCAACCACCCCACCGCCCUCGACCUCCUUACGGACGUAGUCUAUGACGCCUAUCGAUUCUAUUCAGAGCUGCUGGAGAAUCAGACGCUUGUAGCGCUGAGAGGCGCUUGGAUCGAAGCUCUAGGCGACUUGGCGAGGUAUCGUAUGACGAUUGCUUCCCAUGUAGCUGAAGCCGAAGCGCUUCGCACAGCGCGAUCCAAGGGCAAAGCUCGGCAAAUAGAGCAAGAAGAGCCACUCGAAGGCGAGCCGAUUUCUUCGGGCGCUAGUAUCGGCGCAGAGGUCGCUCAGAGCUGGGAUGUGGAGGACAAAGAGACUUGGAGAAUGACAGCGAGAGACUGGUAUACAAUGGGGCUGACUGAGAAGCCAGGAGAGGGAAGACUGCAUCAUCACCUGGCGCUGCUGUGUAGAGAUGUCAAGGGACAGGAAGGCAGGGCGUUGCACCAUUUUGUGAAAAGCAUGAUUGUGACCCACGCAUACACUCAAACCCGCGAGAAUAUCCUUCCACUGUUUGACUCUGCUCUCCAAUCCCAACGCCCCUUGCCAGAAGCAACGGCCAUCGAUCUCUACUUACAUCUUCACGGCAUGAUAUUCACCCGCAUCUCCCUCGACUUGUUCGACGACGUCAUGUCUCGUUUCAUGGAGCGACUCGACGAAGACGCAAGUCUUGACGGAGUCAGCCGCAAAGCUACCAUCACACAGGUCGACUGGAUGAUCAUGGGAGUCGUCAACAUUGCGUGUGUGCUCCAGUACGGAGCUAGCUCGGGGCUGAUCCGGAAAGCCUUGGCGCAGGAAGGAGCAGAGCGACGAAAGGCACAGGUGUCUACGGUCGAUGAAGAGGAGGAAGAAGGCGACGAGCUCGCAGGCAAUGCUGACGUUACGCCGCCUGCGUCAGACGAUGACUCUCCGCCAUCGACACUCACCAACGCCCUCUCCCUCUCCUUCUCUGUCCUCUCGUUCGUCCUCGCCCACCCAAACCGUAUCCAAGGCUUCCACCAAGUCCUCAACCCCUAUAUCACCAUCUUGUUGACCUUUCUUGCUACCAUCUUCCGCCAACCUCAUGUGGGCGCGAGUAUCUUGCUUGAUGUCCCCUGGCAUCUCCUUGCAGAGUUUAUCAAUGCCACCGGGCUAAAGGUGGUGGAGGAAAAGCGGCUCGCGAGUGGGGCACCUCUGCCGGAAGACUGGUUGAUCCGUGGAUCCGAGUGGGUCGGUCGUCGGGUAUAUGAACGCGGUUUCUGGAAAGGCAAAACACCUUCUGGACGCUGUUCUAGCGGCCUAGCUCAGCCACAGCCUCACGCUGGCGGUGAGCGCUUCCAGUCUGAGAUGGACGUCCUCCUGUCUAGCUUUGACGCCACUGUCGAUAUCCAAGAGGGUGUCGUCGAUGAGGCGGAGGGAACAGACAUGACGGAUGGCCCGCAGGCUGUCAACCAGAGGAGAUGGAAGAGGGUUGCUUGGGCGGUGGGCGUGCUUGGCAAGCAUGUGGACGGUUUCAAAAUUCGGGACGGCAAAGUCUACGUUGAGGGGGUUUUGGAGGAGAAGAUCGAAGAGAAGAAUAGGAGAAAGGAGGAGCACGAUCGCAAGGAGCACGAGAUGUUGGAGAUCAAGAGACAGGAUAGGGAGAAGGAGGAAGAGCUCCUCAGACUCGAGAUGGACGAAAAGAGCAGUGACGAUCAAGAGCUUGCUGGUCUCAGGAAGAAGCUCCAGGAUCUCAAGGCUCAGGCCAGUGGGGUUACCUCGAUCUCGAGGAAUGCCAAGAAGGCUGGGACAGCUGCGCUACAAGCUCUUGCGGGUUAUACGAUGCUUGUGUUUGAUACAAACAUUCUGCUCGACUCGUUCCACCUCGUCAAGAGCAUCGUGGAAAGCGGCCAGUGGAGUGUAGUGAUUCCUCUUCCAGUUGUCACCGAGCUUGACGGUCUCUCGAAAGAGACGGGGGCGCUAGGUGCUUCCGCACGAGCUGCCGUCGCUCUCCUCGAGCAGCUCAUUCGCACCCAUACCCUCUGUCUCAAGGUGCAGACUACCAAGGGCAAUUACCUUUUCGAUCUCCUCAUCAGAACUGAGCAGAUUGACACCUCCACCUACGCCAGUGACACUCGCACCAUGGACGACCGGAUCGUCCACAUUGCCAGCUUUGCGCAGGACCACUUUGUGGACCGAUCGAUCUUGCUGGGUAUGCCAAAGCCCGAGACGGAAGCCGCCAAGGUUCUUCUGGUCAGUAACGAUAGGAAUUUGAGGCUGAAGGCAAAGGCGAGAGGGGUCGAGGUUGCGAGUGAAAAGGAGCUUCGGGGUGUUUUGGCGAGAGUGUAA